CGCUCGCGUGCGCGUCGAACCGGACUGUCGGUCUGCGGGUCUGUCGAACCGGUGGAACCGGCGUAACCGGUGUGGGCCGAGGCGGGGCAACUCCCUGAAUCUCAAAUUAGUAACGAUGUGCGAGGUGACGGACUCGGACUAGGCUGUCAGUCAGUCACAGUCACAACAAACAAAGUCGUGAUAGAGUCUCGCCUCGAGGCCGGGGGAACAAGAAGAAGUUGCGUCACCGUUUGGACCUUCAGCUAAACUAGUAACACUGUAACAGUUCGAGAUCUUCACCGUGCUGUGCGUGCAGAGCCUGUCACUGUGUGUGUGUGUGGUCAGAAGGAACAUCAUCAUCAUCAUCAUGUACGCCAUGGUGCAGCCGGUGCCGGAGUCCAUCCGUUUCCCCAGCGAGGAGGAGAAGAUCCUCCAGUUCUGGAAGGACAAGGACUGCUUCCAGGAGUGUCUCCGGCAGUCCAGGAACAAGCCGAGGUACACGUUCUACGAUGGACCACCCUUUGCCACCGGUCUUCCCCACUACGGCCACAUUCUGGCCGGCACCAUCAAGGACAUCGUCACUCGCUUCGCCCACCAGAGCGGCUUUCACGUGGACCGUCGCUUCGGCUGGGACUGUCACGGAUUGCCAGUGGAGUACGAAAUUGACAAAACCCUUGGGAUCACUGGGCCGGAGGACGUGGCCAAGAUGGGCAUCAUGGAGUACAACAGGCAGUGCCGCAACAUCGUGAUGAGAUACUCCAAUGAGUGGGAGGCAUCUGUGACCAGAAUGGGGCGAUGGAUCGAUUUCAAGAACGAUUACAAGACUCUGUACCCUUGGUUCAUGGAAACUGUGUGGUGGGUCUUCAAGGAGCUCUAUGACAAGGGCCUUGUGUACCGCGGUGUGAAGGUCAUGCCCUUCUCCACUGCCUGCAACACCCCUCUGUCCAACUUUGAGUCCCACCAGAACUACAAGGAUGUCCAGGACCCCUCUGUGAUAGUGAACUUCCCCCUGGAGGAGGAUGAAAGUGUGUGUCUGAUUGCGUGGACCACGACUCCCUGGACCCUCCCCAGCAACCUGGCUUUGUGUGUGAACCCCGAGUAUCAGUAUGUAAAGAUCAAAGAUGACGCCACAGGGAAGGUGUACAUCAUGAUGGAGGCCCGUCUGGCAGUGCUCUUCAAAUCCGAGACGGAGUACACGCUGCUCGACAGGUUCCCGGGGAAGGCCCUGCGGGGGAAGCGGUACAAGCCGCUCUUCGACUACUUUCUUCAGUGCAAGGAACGUGGCGCCUUCUCCGUGGUGACGGACACGUAUGUGCGGGAGGAGGAGGGUACCGGGGUGGUCCACCAGGCCCCCUACUUCGGUGCUGAUGACUACAGGGUGUGCACGCAAUACGGAAUCAUCCGGAAGGACUCGGCGCCCAUCUGCCCUGUCGACGCCUCUGGAUGCUUCAUGCCCGAGGUGCUGGACUUUGCUGGACAGUACGUGAAGGAUGCUGACAAGAACAUCAUCAAGUGGCUGAAGGAGAAGGGGCGCUUGGUCGACCAUGGUACCUGCAAGCACAACUACCCCUUCUGCUGGAGGUCAGACACGCCGCUGAUUUACAAAGCCGUGCCCAGCUGGUUCAUACGAGUGGAGGAGCUGGUGGACAAACUGGUGGACAACAAUAGCAAAUGCUACUGGGUCCCGGAGUUUGUGGGGGAGAAGCGCUUCGGAAACUGGCUGAGGGACGCUCAAGAUUGGGCCGUGUCCCGCAACCGCUACUGGGGCACACCCAUUCCUCUGUGGGUCAGCGAUGAUUUCGAAGAGGUGGUGUGUAUCGGCUCGCUGGAGGAGCUGGCUGAGCUCACCGGAGUGAAAGUAAGCGAUCUGCAUCGGGAGAGCAUCGACCACCUGACCAUCCCGUCACGAUGCGGCAAAGCCCCGCUGCGCCGUGUGACGGAGGUGUUUGACUGCUGGUUCGAGAGCGGCAGCAUGCCCUACGCUCAGGUGCACUACCCCUUUGAGAACCGCAAGGAGUUCGAGGACUCGUUCCCUGCUGACUUCAUCGCGGAGGGCAUCGACCAGACGCGCGGAUGGUUCUACACGCUGCUGGUCCUGUCAACCGCCCUGUUCGGCAAACCGCCCUUCAAGAACGUCAUUGUGAAUGGACUCGUCUUGGCCAGUGACGGACAGAAGAUGAGCAAGCGGAAGAAGAACUAUCCUGAUCCGGGGCUCAUAGUGGCUAACUAUGGAGCAGAUGCGCUUCGGCUGUACCUCAUCAACUCCCCGGUGGUAAGGGCCGAGAACCUGCGCUUCAAGGAGGAGGGGGUGCGCGAUGUGCUCAAGGAUGUCUUCCUGCCGUGGUAUAACGCCUACCGCUUCCUGAUGCAGAACGUUCAGCGGCUAGAGAAGGAUGAGGGCAUCAAGUUCCAGUACAGCGAGAGCAAAGCGCAGCCCAGCAGCAACACCAUGGACAAGUGGAUCCAGUCAUUCACGCAGUCGCUCGUGCAAUUUUUCAAGACCGAGAUGGCCGCCUACAGGUUGUACACUGUCGUGCCGAGACUCGUCAAGUUUGUUGACAUGCUCACCAACUGGUACGUGAGGAUGAACCGCAGGAGGCUCAAGGGUGAAGGCGGCAAAGAAGACUGUGUCCAGGCCCUGGAGACCCUCUUCUCUGUGCUCUUCUCCAUGUGUAGGCUCAUGGCCCCGUUCACCCCGUUCAUCACGGAAAUGAUAUACCAAAACCUGCGAAACCUGCUUGACCUGACCUCCCUGGAGGAGAAGGACACGGGUAGCAUCCACUACCUGAUGCUUCCUCAAGUCCGGGAGACGCUGAUUGACAAGCGCAUCGAGAGCGCCGUGUCCCGGAUGCAGUCAGUCAUCGAGCUCGGCCGCGUCAUUCGCGACAGGAAGACGCUUCCCAUCAAGUACCCGCUGAAGGAGGUGGUGGUCAUCCUCCAGGACCCCGAAGCCCUCAGAGACAUCGAGUCUCUGCAAAAGUACAUCCUGGAGGAGCUGAAUGUGCGGUGUCUCACGGUCUCCAGCGACAAAGACAAGUAUGGCAUGAGGCUGAGGGCCGAACCUGACCACAUGCUCCUAGGGAAGCGUCUCAAGGGGGCGCUCAAGUCAGUGACGGCUGCUAUCAAGGAACUUGGGAACGAGGAGCUGGAGGCCUUCCUCCAGACAGGCUCCGUCACUGUUGAGGGACACGAGCUGCACAGAGAUGAGCUCCGUCUCAAGUACACCUUUGACCAGAUGUCUGGAACGGCCACACAGUAUGAGGCACACUCAGACUCUCAGGUCCUGGUCCUACUGGAUGUCACACCCGAUCAGUCCAUGGUCGAUGAAGGAGUGGCGCGCGAAGUCAUCAACCGCAUACAGAAGCUGCGCAAAAAGGGCCACCUCGUUCCUACCGAUGAGAUCACUGUGUACUACAACUGCGAGCCGCGUGGCCAGUACCUGCAGUCGGUGAUAGAGGCACACACCGACUUCAUCUUGGCCACCAUAAAGGCGCCGCUCCAGGAAUACCCAGUACCCAGCGUGGCCAGCGUCAUCGUGCAGGAGAAGACCCAGCUGAAAGGCUCUGACCUGGACCUAACCAUCGUGAAGGGAACAUUGCGCCCCCGGAGUCCGCUCUCCGGUCCCGCCUGCGCCUUCGUCAACCUCAGGGUGAAGUUGGGUGACAAAGAACAGGAGGGUGUGGUCCUGCUGGAGAACCCCAAGGGGGACAACGUGCUGGACGUGGCGCGCCUGAAGGCUGUGACCCGCAGCGUGUUCGGCAUCGCGGACACUCGGCUUGCUGUGUUUGCGGGGAAGACAGAACUGAGCAGCAAUUCGGACCUGCUUACCUUUGCUGGACAGACACUCUGGGUGACCUCGGGGACCAGCCCCCCCAGCUCCCCCUGCGCCGACCCCAUCCUCUGCCCCUAUGUCAACUUGCAGUUGGUCAAUGCCCAGCCGGCUGAGUGCCAGCGUGGUGACCUGGGCACCCUGCUGCUGGCCAACCCAGUCGACCAGAAUGGCCUGAGCCAUACGGGGCUGCUCUAUGAGAGCGCCAAGGUGUUCGGCCUGCGGAGCCGCCGCCUCCGGCUCUAUACCGACGAGAACCUCACAGAAGAAAUAUCUGAGAAUUUCUCCCUGAAGACCUUGAAUAAAAAGACAGUAUAUGUUCGAGUUUUGCCAACAACAGCAGAGGCAUAGAUCUUUAUGAAAAAAAUCUCUCUGGGUCCUUCAGCGCUUGGUACCAUUAAUAACUGAACGUCCCUUCAAAAGAAAAACAUGCUCCAAAGGAAAAGAAACACUCGACAGGUUUCAAAAGCUGGACCACAUGAUACAGAGCUGCUCUCCGCUGUCCUGGGACUGUUUGUCGGAAACGGUGCCUGAGCCACAGGGACCAGGGACCUCCGUCUGGUCUAUUUCUCCUGUCCACAUCGCAGAGGGAGCAGCCGUUUGCAGUUCACGCAUGUUGAACGAGCCUGUGUGUGUGUUACCUUCUCCUGUGGGCCCAAAAUAUGCACUCAGUAAUUUUUCUUUUAUUUACCAAUGAUGUCUGCUAUCCUGCUGUACCAUGUAUAAGCAGACCACGGUGUGUUCGGAUCUACCCUGUAGUGUAACGGUGCCCCUUUCUACUGUCCGACUUGCAAUAAAUACUAAAAAGCA